CCGAGUGUCUGUGUGUGUGUGUGUGAGCAGCAUGCAGCAGAUCUACAGGCAGAGCGACCAACAGUUUGAAGUUUAUACCACCGUGUUCUCCCCGCAAGUGUGCAGAGCGAGGAGCAGACAUGUGGAGCCAGAGAAGGUGAUGGUGGCGGUGGCGCAGCACCGUGCCGGCCUGCAGAGGGAGCUGGACCUGAGCCGGGGGGACCGGGUCCUGGUUCUGUACAGGGAGGACGAGGCCUGGUGGUUCGGACGGCGCUCUGAUGGACAGGAGGGCUACUUCCCCCCAACCUGCGUGCAGCCGCUGCAGGUGUGCGGGGCUUCCUGCAGAGCCACGCCCCCUCUGCUCAGGAGGGGGUCUGUGCCAGCAGUCAGGACGACCCCCAGCGCCCCCUGUGGCUGCACCAGCGGCCACAGCACCCCGAGGCAGCUGAGGAAGAGCAGCCUCCUCCUGAAGCUGGAGGGGCCACCGGAGCCUGAGGGGGGGGCAGGGUCUGCUCACUCCUCCCCCAGCCUCCUGCACAGAGUCCUAGCCAAGUCCAGGAGGAUGAGCUGCCCCCACCUCCCCCACCUGCCCCUUCGCCCCCCCGACCACGGCUCCAUAAACACUGCCUUCCAGCCGGACUGACCCCCCACCUGGGACUUUAGGUUCCACUGAUCUCAUGUUUUCAUUAGCUUCAGACCUCAGGGAUCACAUUGGAGACACCUUCGGGGGGGGGGGGACGUUUUAUCAAAUGGUUAACAGCUAAGCAGUCAGUGUG